CUGGAGCGCUUCUCGAGCCUCUUCUCUGGCAUAAACAGUCAUGCUCACCUCCAGCUUGUGACACUGGGAUGCAGAAGGUAAACCCAGACAGGGAAUCAGCAUCCUCCAAAUGGGAUGAUGGGAGACUUUCAGAGAAGAAUGGUGUCCAUGAGAACCACAGGAUUCGUGGGUACAGCUCUAAUCGCCGCUCUUGGCUUGUGGCUGACCAGAAUGAAGAGAAGAGGAACCUUUCCCUGGGGGGCCAUGUGGGCUUCGACAGCCUCCCCGAUCAGCUGGUCAGCAAGUCUGUCACACAAGGUUUCAGUUUCAACAUCCUCUGUGUGGGUGAGACUGGCAUUGGGAAGUCCACGCUGAUGAACACCCUCUUCAACACCACGUUUGAGACAGAGGAAGCCAGUCACUACGAGAACGUGGUUUGCUUGCGGCCACGAACCUAUGACUUGCAGGAAAGCAAUGUCCACCUGAAGCUGACCAUUGUGGAUGCAGUUGGAUUUGGGGAUCAGAUAAAUAAAGACGAAAGUUACAGGCCAAUCGUAGAGUACAUUGAUACGCAGUUUGAAAACUAUUUGCAAGAAGAGCUGAAAAUCCGCCGGUCUCUCUUCAACUACCAUGACACAAGGAUUCACGUCUGCCUCUACUUCAUCACCCCCACUGGGCACUCUCUCAAGUCCUUGGACCUGGUGACAAUGAAGAAGCUGGAUAGCAAGGUGAACAUUAUCCCAAUUAUUGCCAAAGCAGACACUAUCUCCAAGAGUGAGCUGCACAAGUUCAAGAUCAAGAUUAUGAGUGAGCUGGUCAGCAAUGGAGUGCAGAUCUAUCAGUUCCCCACGGACGAUGAGGCAGUGGCUGAGAUCAACUCUGUGAUGAAUGCUCAUCUGCCCUUUGCUGUGGUCGGUAGCACGGAGGAGGUGAAAGUUGGGAACAAGCUGGUGCGAGCUCGGCAGUACCCAUGGGGAGUGGUGCAAGUGGAGAAUGAAAGUCACUGUGACUUUGUGAAGCUGCGGGAAAUGCUGAUUCGGGUCAACAUGGAGGAUCUGCGGGAGCAGACCCACACCCGCCACUACGAGCUCUAUCGGAGGUGCAAAUUGGAGGAGAUGGGUUUCAAGGACACGGAUCCAGACAACCAGCCCUUCAGCCUCCAAGAAACAUACGAGACCAAAAGGAAAGAGUUCUUGGGUGAACUCCAGAGGAAAGAGGAAGAAAUGAGACAAAUGUUUGUAAACAAAGUCAAAGAGACAGAGGCAGAGCUGAAGGAGAAGGAGAGAGAGCUGCAUGAGAAGUUUGAGCAUUUAAAAAGGAUACACCAGGAAGAGAAAAGGAAGGUGGAGGAGAAAAGGAGGGAGCUGGAGGAAGAGAUGAACGCCUUCAACAGGCGGAAGGUCGCAGUGGAAACCUUGCAGUCCCAAUCCUUGCAGGCUACCUUACAGCAGCCAUUGAAGAAGGACAAAGACAAGAAAAAUUAAUCUCACACAGACUUUCAAGCCAAGAGUGGACUUGGUGCUUUCAUGUCUUAAGUUGCUUGAGUUUCCUACCCUGAGUGAUCCUUCUCAUAACAUUGUGUGAGUGGACCAAAGUGAAAGAGAAAAUGAGCAUCUCCGGUGGUUGCAGUGUUCCGACCUGCUGUUUUCUUUUCAGAAUUAUCAGGAGGUUUGCAGGAAGUAACCAUACAUGUACAUUUUGUUUAACAAAGCCAACUAAUCCCUCAAGUAAGAUGUUUUGUUCUAAACCCAUUGAUUGAGCAGCUGCGUAUGAAUUGACCAGAACUGAACUUGUCUUACCCAGCUAAAUAAUUGCUUUCUACAUUUUUUUUUUUUAAUUGGCCAAGAUGACUGCUGGAGGCUCAUUGACCUCCCCUGUACAUGCAGAGUGAGAGGAGUGGUCUGAAGAAUGCUGAAAUGUUUGUUUUUCUAACAAAAUUCUAAAGUAAGUUUUUAGAAUGGGUAGAAAACCACAACAUUUAGGCUUUCUGCAGGAAUCUUAGUCAGAGUAACCCCCAUUCCAGUAAUUCUGUAUUAAUUCCUGAAUUACUCUUCACACUAUCUACAUCAUUUAUUUUAUAUAUAUAUAUAUAUAUAUAAAAGGAGAGAGAGAGAGAGUGAUUAAUAACAAUAAUGGGGACAAUGUUUUGAAUUUUCUUUACUGCUAAACUAGAACAUUUAUAGAGAGGUUUUUCAUAAGAGCUUGUUGUAUGAAAUGGAACUGCAGGAUUUUGUAACAUUUCAGUUGUCACUUACCAAUGUAUUUACUGUUUACUGUUGUGUAAAUUAUUUAAGCCAACAUCUUUACUUUUUAAUCUUAAACCUGAUAUGUGCCUAAUAAGGAGUCUCCUGCUCUUGAGCUGUGCACUGUAUUUAGGAUGACAGGCUCUGUUCCUCUUAGAAGGUGCUUCUUUUGACAACUCCUCAUGCCUCGAAAUCACAGCUUUGUUUUACUGGGCAGCUGAGCUUAGAGGAAUAAUUAGGAUUAAUAUUAUUAUUAUUUUUUCCACUCAAACCAUUUUGUGUAUAGGCAGAGCAAUAACUGAACGGAGAGUUAACUAGCUGUGUUGUCAUGGAAAAAUAGUUGGACCCAUAUCCAUCCAUCCAUCAGAUCCUACCUAGGCUUAAUGAAAAGAAAUAUUUUCUAUUAACCCGCAUAUAGUAUCUCUAGAGUUUCUAAAAACACUGGCUGGCUAAGUGUUGUGAGUGUGUACGUUUUUAUUUAGCUAUUAACAUUACAUAAUUUUUCUCAUACGUUUUUUGUUAAAGACUUGUCUUUAGGCUGUCAGUAAAUUCCUGAUGUGCCGUGCAGAAGGAGAUGCGGGGCCUGGGUCUGAGCUGUCACAGGGCUGUCACAGGGCAGCGUUUUGCUGGGUUCUGAGGUUCUUUAACUCAUAUUCCAUUAAAGCAGCUUUUUUUUCCCCUUCUUAAAUACAUGCUCAGGUGUUAAACUGUUUUCCAGUGGACCUUGGUAGAAAAGAACCUCACAAAGAUCUCACUGGUACCUUUUAGAACAGGCUUUUGUUGAAAGAAUAAAAAUUCUGCACUUGCUGGGAGUCGUCUGAAAGCUGGACAUUUAAUUUUUAAGGCUGUGCGUUCAGGUUAGACAUAUUUUAAAAAGUAGCUAUCAAAUGUUAGGAGGGUUGGUGUGGUUUUCUCAAACACGUACAAGGAACCCCACCUUUUAUUACAUGCAAGAAGACAAUUCCACCUCGCCUCUGACUACAAUCAUGUAGCAAAUUAUUUUUUACUAAUCUUUUAUGAGAGAAACUGUGGUGGACUAAUUGCCUGAGCAAGCAGUGCUCUUUGGUUCAUUGUUUUGCUGGGAUAAAACAGUAACUGGUGGUACUGGUGUGCAUCCAGCUGCCUCACCAGUGUGUUCCAAAUCAAUAGUUCUCUUCUGAUCUCAUGCUGCAGCCAGCAAUAGCUAUGCAAAUGAUUUCUCUCUGUCCUGGCUCAUCGGAGAUCAAUUAUUAUUUCCUGUAAUAACAAAGAGUAAAAAUCUUCAAAUCCAUGGGCAUUGUGGAGAAAUUUACAGCAUUUUCUGAAGAAGACAUGCAGAAUGUAACAAACAAUGUUUUCAUUAUGAUGAUUAUUAUAUUACUUUGUGUUGUGACGGGCAUCCCUUGUCCUUGUAGUUGCUUGUUCAACAUCAUUAUCUCCCCGAGGCGACUCAGUCAUAUAUUUUCCCCAAGUACUUGGUUUUUUUCUUUUGGCUGAGAAAAGAUUUAAGUAUUGUGGUAGGGUAAUUCUGUAUCUUAUUUUUACUUAACAAAUUACAAUUACAUUGUGAUGCUAAUCUCACCUGGUCUGAAGACUUAAAAUCUUGUAAGCUAGAAAAAGUUAAAGAAAUACCCUUCAGAAAUUACUGAAACCAUCCAGUUACACAUCCUUCAGCUGUUUUAUACAUUUAUCUGUAAAAGAUUGGUAUUAAUGGGAAGAAGUAUAAAUGUUUUUAUCAUUUAAACAUUUAUCAUCCUGUAUGUUGUCUGCUUUCUAAAUUAAAUUGUGUUUUGUGGGUCUCUGAGUGGGGGUCAUGCCUGGCUGAGGUGGCUGCCCCAGGGGUGUAGAUGGGGGUGGUUUGGAGCCAUGGAGGCACCUUGGGGACCUGGGGGACACAGCCCUCCUGGACAUGUUGCAUCCCUUUGCUUUGUCAUUCCUAGCGUGUUGGGGUUCAUGGUUUGUUGUUUUGUUUUUUUUUUUACUUUCUUUCCACUCACUUUGUACUUUUUUCUUUUAUUAAAUCUCACAUGUAUUUUGAGGUUUUGUGGUGUCAUUUAUUUAGUGGUGCAUUUUCUGUGCAGUCUAGUUAUUUUUCUGUAUUAUCUGUCGCAAUAAUAAUGUGUUGUGAUUGUGAGCUUACCAGUCACAGGCUGUCAUAUGACUAUUGGGAACAUUCAAGAAUAUAAUUAGUUAAUUAAUUAACAACUAGUUAAUCACAGAGUAUGUGGUAAUGUACUUCCUAUGUAAUCUGGGGGGAAAUUCUUAGAUAUUAAUGCAAAAGCCAUCCAUGUUUGGGCAGAAAGAGCUUUGAGGCUUGUUGGUACAUCUCCUUUGUGAGAUCUGGUGACUGAGCAGGGGGCCAUAUCAGAAGCUUUGCUGAUUUUAUGGUAUCCAAAGAGGGAAUUUAAAGAUAGGGUGAAAAGGGAGCGAAGGUGGAGAGGUUUUCUGGUGGUGCAUCCAAAGCUGUGUUCCUUAUCUGGAGAAGGACAUUAUACACUUAGGUCAAGGUCAACAGAAGAGCACAGCUUUAGUUCGAUGCUCUGCUUUCAGAGAGCUGCUGAAAUUUUACCCAAAGAUUUGUUCUCAGUGUCUGUUCUCUGGGCCAUUGCUACACGCCAAGUUACAUUCACUCAUCUUUGGGUCCUUCUGGGGUGUAUUUGGUAUUGGACUGAGAUGAGUGCUGCACUUCAGACACAGCCAAUGUGGAGUUUGGCUGAUGCAUAGUGUUUGCUGUAGCAGUGCUUCUGGUGGGAGGUUUUUCUGUAGCCCCAGCUUGAAGAGCAAAACCAGGCUGGUGAUCCUGGCUGCCUCUCAGAGCUUUUUAAGAAUAUGCAGCUGGAAACCUUUUAGGCAAAAGCUUUAGGGAAUUGCCAGUUGAUACCAAGUGGGUUAUAUGAAAUGUUUACAUCCUUUUCCAUCCCAACACAUUUUAAAGAUAAAUCUCGAAGACCAGAGAGAAGCACGUGCAUUUAGGUACAUCAGAAUUCAGGAAACCAAAGGUAGUGGAGUAGCUGGUCCUUUUAAAGAUGGGCCACCUGGUAAUUCAGGUGAUGUGCUUUGGCAAGUGUCUUUCUAGAGGAGCAGUGUUAGGAGCUUUCAUUAAUAUUUGUGCAAAGCUCCUAGAGAUGCUUUGAGGAGAAGGAGAAAUGCAUAGCUUUGUUAGAAAAGCAGCUCAGCAGUGAGGUAGGUGCUGCCCAUGCUUUGCAGUUCCAGAGGCGAAGCCCGGUGGCCAAGGCCCUGAGACAUGGUGGUACUUUUCCUUCAGGAGACAGCCUGACAAACCCAGCCUUGUCCUUGGCUGUUCCAUUGGGAGAACUGUGUGGCUGUGAGGGAUGGAAUGAGGCGAGGACUGUGCCAGGCCACUGCUCCAGCUGUGUGUGCUGGUUGGCUGCUCUUGCGGCUCUCCAUCACCUGGGAUUUCUCAAGUUCCAUCAGCAGUCUUUUCCCAUUAAAAUUUUAAAUCAAUCUUCUGAUUACCAGUUCCAAACAAGAGGUUGGCAGCUGUGAGAGCUUCUCUGAGUUGCAACGGGUUAAACUCAAAUGUCUGUACAAUAGAUUGGUGCUUUGACCUUUCAUGCUGUCUUUACUUAAUGUAAAUAACUGAAACUUAAACAUUGAUUCUCUUUUGUUCUUUCUAUAGCUUUUUUAGUCUUCCCAGUGCAUACGCCAUAACAGGAAGAUAUGUUAAUUAGAAGAUUUAUUAAGGCCAAAACAUCUCAUGGAGAAGAAAAUGGGUGCUUACACCUUUAAGCUUGCAAUGUAUUGCACAGAAGAGAAUAUAUAGCAAGGACUAAAAUUCACCGUGCCUUUUGAUGGGGAAAAGUUUGCUUAAUCAGGUCUCUUGAUAAAGUUGAAAUCCAAGAUACUUGCCAAAAGGUAAACUGCUAAUUCAAGCUGCUGCACGGCUCGCACUAAAUCCAGAAUGCUUAUUUUGGGCCUCUUACCCCAAGGGAGUUAACACUGACUGACUCCAGAGUGAUGGAUAAAGCUGGGGUAGUGUGAGGAGCUUUCAGCUUUGCUGCUCAAGUUGCUGCAGUAGCAGGGUCCUGCAGGUCCUCUCCUCAGUCUGGUUUUGGAGUGUAACUGGGGAACCUGAUGUCCCUAACCUGACAUCCCCUAGUUUGACAUCUCAUCUUUCAGCUGGAUUCUCACCUUUCAUAACAAUAACUCUUUGUGCAGCUUGCUUCUAUGUACUUACAGGUUUUAUAACCAAAAUGCUCCAACCUUCAUUUCUUUAGUUUUCUGAGGGCUGUACGUGGUGCCUCACACCAUAACCUCUUCCCCAGAGCUCCUUGCCCACCUCCCACCUGCUGCUUCAGGGCCAGGUAAUCUUGCCUAGCCAGUACAGGCUCUGCUCGUCCUGCUGGUACAUGAAGGGUGAGAAGGGAACCAUUUUAAAGUGCAACUAAGAGUUAUUUAUUAAGGAGGGGAAAUGGUUUAAAGCUAGAGACUCGGUGUUCCUGGUGUAAGUUCUGUGUUUGUAACAGACUGGCUUCCCCUUACACAAAUACUUUUUCUAAAAAAAGGAAAGGGGAAAAACGAAGUGUGUUGUCUGUGCCCCAGUAACUUCAUACAGGAACAGGGAGAGGCCCGCUUUUUUAUCUUUGUUUAAAGAGUUUAUCUUUGUUUUAAACAACCUUGUAAAUGAAUCUCAGGAAUGACCUGUACCAAAGCUGGGUCUAAUAAAAACAAAACUGGCAUGUUUAACAAA